AUGUUUACAGGAUUCUACGUUCUAACUGUUGGUGGGUUCGCGGCCGCCGUUGCUAAGGGCCUCAUUGUCAGCACAUAUGGCCUCGCCUACUUCCUGUACGCCCCUCUUCUUUGGGGUUUUACCCGAUUGCCACCAAUCAGGAGGAAUGUGGACAACAGAAUACCACAGCUUGUUAAGAAAUUAAAUGACGUUUAUUACAUUAACCCAAUACAAAACAAGAAGGAUCAUGUAAGUGCCUGCAUCGCCACAGCACAGCAAACCAAGGACAUGAUUCAGCAGCUACCCAAACUCUACGACGUACAAAUGGAAAAUGUAGAUUUACAGCUAGAGAAUAACUACAGAGACAGGCUUAAACAAGUAUAUGGCGAAGUUAAAGCCAGACUGGAUUGCCAGAUGUCGCUAGGAGUGACAAAGGCGGAGCUAGAGAAAGAUCACAUGAUCCAAUGGAUUACAGACCAAGUCGUCCAGAGCAUCACUCCAGAUCUGGAAAAGAAGAACAUCCAGUCAUGCUUGACUCAGCUACAAUCUCUCUCCCAGACAGCCAAGAUAUAGCUAGCCAUCACUCGGAACUGUGUGGGGACAUUACUUUAUAGACAACUGUUGAAACAAAGUGUGUGAAGUUUAUAGUAACAACUCCAAUGUUGCUUUGAAUGAUCUUCAGUACCGUGUAUCGAUUGUGAAUAAAAUCAGUAUACACAGUACUUCAUGAGAAAA